AUGGGAUCCCUUUUGCCGGCUAGGGCUCCCAGAAGGGAGAGCAGCGCAAAGCAGCUAGAAUAUUGCUCAACUGCUGGGUCGGACGGAGACGUCGAGGAUAAUUGUGAUGAGAAUGGGAGACAGACUAAGCAUCGGCAACACAGUACUUGCCGACAAGUAUACGGAAUUCUCGAUGAGUGUUCCGGCGACGACUUGGUCUAUCUUGGGAAAGAUGACAGUGGAGGGCUUGGGGGAAUCGUCGGUGCCUGGCUCUUCAGUGAAAAGACAGAGGCCUACAUCCAGCAGCAUAAAGGUUUCACUGACGGCACCAAUAAAGUGUGGAAGCUGAAUAAAGCGCUAUAUAGCCUGAGGCAAUCACUGAGAAUCUGGCACGAGACCCUCACUAAAUUCUUGCUCAGACUGGGUUUCAAGCAGUCAACGCAGGAUGCCAGCGAGUUCCUUAGAAACAGUAUCAUCCUCGCCGUACAUGUGGAUGACCUCGUUACCGCUGAGGAAUUUAGUGAGGGUCUCGUGCGAGAUCCUUGGUGA